AUGUCCGUCGCAACUCUAUCCAAGUCCCUGCCCAAGCCGAAAUAUUCGGGCGAGGAAGAGGACCUCACCAACAGCACGCGCGUCUUGAGCUCCGAGCAGUACGAAGCCCACGUCGUGAAGAAGCAGAAUGGCCCACCCGCAUACGGCAGCAGGCAAAGCUGGCGGCCACGCGCGCCCGAGGAUUUCGGCGAUGGUGGCGCGUUUCCAGAAGUGCACGUCGCACAAUAUCCACUAGACAUGGGAAAGAAGGGCACACCAUCCACAUCUAAUGCUCUCGUGAGGAGGGUUGAUGGCGAGGGCAAGACCAAGUAUGAUGAAAUUGCCAGGCGGGGACACGGCGACUCGCGAAUCGUGCAAGCGAGCUUCAAGGACUUGAUCCCGCUGCGCCAGCAGGCGGAUGCCGGCCAGCUGGACUUGUCGCGUCCGAGCCAGGAAGUAGUGCAGGCGACCAAGGAGAAGACUGAGCAAGCUCUCAUGGCUCUGGUCGCUGGCCAAACUGCUGCUCAGCGACCCAAGAACGUCCAGGGCCGAAAGAAUGACGAACCUACUUUCGUACGGUACACGCCGACUGCGCAGAUGGGUGAAGCGCAGGGAAAGACACGCAUCUUCAAGAUUCAGCAAAGGCAAAUUGAUCCCAUGGAACCGCCAAAGUUCAAGCACAAGCGUAUCCCGCGCGGUCCGCCCUCGCCACCACCUCCUGUCCUCCACUCUCCACCGCGAAAGUUGACUGCUGAAGAUCAAGAGAUGUGGAAAAUCCCGCCUCCCAUCAGUAACUGGAAGAAUCCCAAGGGUUACACAGUGCCUCUCGACAAGCGUCUGGCAGCCGAUGGUCGAGGUCUUCAGGACAUUACGAUCAACGACAAAUUUGCGCAGUUUGGCGAGGCACUACAAGCCGCAGAUCGGCACGCGCGAGAGGAAGUCAAGCAGCGUGCGCUGAUGCAACAACGACUGGCAGAGAAGGAGAAGCUACAGAAGGAGGAGCAUCUGCGCAACCUUGCGAAACAGGCAAGAGAGGAGCGCGCUAAUGCCUCACGACGACGAUCCCAGAGUGAUUCGGACACAGACUCGGAAGAAGAGGCAGUGCGGAAAAGAAUGGACGCGCGCAAGGAACGCCGCGAGGAUUUCCAGCGUGAGCUCCGCCAGUCGCGCAUGGGUACCGAGCGCAAGAUCCAGAUGCUUGCACGGGAACAGAAUCGCGACAUCUCCGAGAAGGUCGCACUUGGCCUGGCAAAGCCUACUUCGGGCGGAGAGUCCAUGUACGAUUCCCGGCUGUUUAAUCAAACCAGUGGUUUCAACACUGGGUUCAACGAGGACAACCACUAUGAUAAGCCUCUCUUUGCAGCGCAGGAUGCUAUUAGUAGCAUCUAUCGCCCGAGCGUACAACAAGAUGACGGCGAAGACGAGGGGGAGACGUACGACAGGAUCACCAAGUCAAGCAAGUUCGAAGUGCUAGGCAGGGCCAAGGGUGGUUUCAAGGGCGCUGAUUUGCAAGAAGCUCGCGAAGGACCCGUAGAGUUUGAGAAAGAUACCGAUGAUCCAUUUAACAUCAGCCAAAUGAUCAACGAGGUCCGUGGUGAGAAGAGUAACGAAAAGACGGGGGAAAAGAGGUAUGGCAUUCAGGAGCCCGAGGGCAGAUCUGCCAAGCGUGCUAGGGUAGAUGACGAUAGCGAUUGAGCGGCAUGGGAAAAUAAGCUUUGGCGUUUGGGUUUUGUGCAUUACACACUGCAGUAGCAGUAUUCUAAGAGCAUUAAGGCGAGGGAUAUCAGCAUUGAAAUAUCCAUAAUCUAACGUUUUGCAUGUCA